AUGCGGCUCAAUUCAUCAAACGCGGUGCUCUUUUCGCUGUCAUGUCUUUACUGCUUGAGCGCAUCAUUGCCAUUAUCUCCACCUAAGCCUGUCUUUGUGGAGCCUCUGGUCCGAAGAGCCAAGUACUCUGUUGUCGCAGUCGACGGCGGACCUGGAGCGCGAGAAGGAGGUGAUGGAUCAUCUCCUGAAGCUGUUCCAUCCACGAUAAUCUCAACCAUCGUGCAAACGAAAACCGCGGAACCGACGACGGUUGUUAAGACCGACAAAGUUACACUGCCUCCUAUUACACAGACCGACCGGGUCACAGUCAUUCCGACACCGGCAAAAGUCACUGUCACUGCGACAGGAUACUCGAUAAUUAAUGUUAAUUCCGCUGCCAAUCCCGCUGAAGUCACCGCACCAGCUUCCAGCCCAUCCCCAUCGUCGGCCUCGGGGUCAGAUUCGGCUUCAGAAGACGCCCCUGAGCUCCCCGCAACUGAACUCUCUUCAACCCAACCGUCUUCAACCCAACCGUCUCCUACCAAACCGUCUCCUACCAAACCGUCUCCUACCCAACCAUCUCCUACCAAACCAUCUCCGACCCAACCUUCUUCGGAAACGAUCUCCACCCCUGGUUCUACCCUUUCCACAAGCGCCUCCGCGGCUGCCGCAUCUGCAUCCGCGAAACCUCACGAUAACGGUCAAUGGCAUACAAGUUACCCUGCCUGGUCGAAUUCGACGGGCACCUCGACGGCGCUUGCAGCCAAGGCCCCUGAAAUUCCAACAACUGGGGCAAGUUCUGAGGGUGUCCGACAUGACGAGACUAUAGAGUCAAGAGCUCUCAGUCAACCUAUCGCGGGGUUGCUAAAGCCUGGAUAUAAACGUGGAACUGGGGAGAGCAUUGUCUCGAAAUCCAAGUCUCCUUGGAACAUAAUCAGAUCCAUUUUUAUGUAG